UUGAACGAGUCCUAGGUACACAACCGGCGUCUGCUACCCGAUAUGGUUGUUUGAAUAAAUAUUUUUAUAACUUAAACAUAUAACUGUAAUUAAUGGAUGUUAUUACUAGAAGUUUAUUAUCAGGCCUACAUAAUUAUAUAGUAAUUAACUGUAUUUAAAAUGCCAUCCUCCAAUUUACCAGUGUAUGAAAUUAUAGUUUAUGGUUUUGUUUGGGUUGCUGCAAUCUGUUAUUCAUCCUACAAUGUAUAUCUUGCAGGAAAAUUAUUUGACCACACGGCCAUUGGUGAUGACUUCUCUGACAACUGGCAUGGAUACAAGAAAGACAUGGCAGACUAUGAGUGGACGACAUGGCUGCCAUUCUUACUGUACACAAUGCCACCCUGGGUAGCAGCUCAUAUCGCUCUCACUCAAGUAACACGCUGGAUAUCACCACAAGGAGUUCCGGGAGCACAGAGUUUAAUUACUCUGCUAUUUAUAAUGGCGCACUUUGGUCCUGCAUGUGUGCUGUUCGUCAUCACUCAAGUGGUUGUGUACUACCUAAUAUUGAGACUCAAAUCUGUCGCUCUUGUCUGGCUGUUUGGAGUACCUUUCCUAUUAGUCUCAUGCUUUGGUUUACAAGAAACAUGGGAACACACAGGCAAGUCUGAUCACCAGUUUACAAUGAUGUUGGUGAGUACAACAUGGUUGAACUUGCACUGUAUCAGCUUCAGCCUGGAAACACUUGCGUCUGCUCCAAGUAAAACAACAGGUACAAGGAUGUUCUACGAUCUUCUCGGCUACAGCUUAUAUUUUCCUACGUAUUUCUUGGGUCCAUUUAUUAUCUACACCAACUUUGGACCUUAUAUGUACCGGUCUUUUGAGCGAUGGACUGUUGAGAGAGUCAGCACUUUUGUAUUGAGCUUACUCCGUUAUCUGUUGUGGGCAGCAGUAACUGAGGCUUCCCUUUACUUCCUGUACAUUCACGCACUGCAAUACCACAUGACGAUUGUGGCAAGCCUAGGAGAUUGGACACUGUACGGACUUGGAUACCUGAUGGGACAGUUUUUUUGUCUCAAAUAUGUGGUGGUUUAUGGACUGUGUGGCAGUGUUGCCAACUUUGAUGGCUACAUCGCUCCACCUCCUCCCAAGUGCGUUGCUCGUAUUCACCUCUACACAGACAUGUGGCGGUACUUUGAUGUGGGAUUUUACCUCUUCAUCCACAAGUACAUUUACACUCCUUUGUGUGGAGGACAGAAAAAAACUUUACGUCGUUUGAUGGCGUCAGCUAUGUGUUUUGGUUUUGUUUUCCUUUGGCACGGAGUCCAUCUCAGUAUCUUUAUAUGGUCAGUGCUCAACUUCCUAGGUGUGUCACUUGUGUCAUUCAGUAUCAGUUUGUCCAACACUCCCACCUUCAAAGACUGGCAGAAACGCAAUCUGAGUGAGGCCAACUAUAGGCGUCUGACAGCUCUGGUCUCGGCUCCAGUAUUUAUCCUUGGCCCAGCCUCCAGCUUCUACUUCUUCAGUGGAAUCAACACUGGAAACACUUUUGUCAUCCACUUGUUUUUUAUAGGUUCCUGGACAGGAAUGGUUGCUCUUCUAUUUGUAUCCUACUGCAUGUGCCAAGUAUCAAUUGAAAUCAAACAGUGGGAGAAAAUAAAUAAUCAGAAACUCAAAUCUCAUUAAGAUCUUGAUAGAUUGAAGCAUUUACUCUUUAAAUAUUUAAUAAGGUAUUAUAUCAAGCUAUAACAUUACAAGAGAGGAUAAGACUCAUGGCUGCAUCCAAACGUGAACUAGCUGAAUGGUUGAUAUUAAAUUGUAUGUUAAUAAGCACAUAUUACAUAAAAACAACACAUAUGAAACAUCA